CUACGUAGCUCUUCCAUUUUGUCCCCCUGCUGGAGGGAAAUGUUCGUGUGUAGUUCCUGCUAUUGGCCACAAGGUGUCGCCACUGUCAACAAAAGACGAGACAACCUCCCAUCAUUUAAGGGUGGAAGACCCCAAGGAAGAUGAAGAAACAUGGUUUUUCAGUUAAAUAUUAAACAAACCAGCUAUAACUUCUUAACUACGGUGUAGUACGGGAUGAUAGAACCAGGUCACAGUUCUCGUGAGAACAGUUGCUACAUUUGCAUGUACAGCGACUGAUAAGGAGGUAGGGAAAUUCAGGGAUGCUGGGAUAGGCUGCUGUUGCCACCGGUGGAGCUCAGAUAAACGACAACAAACAGCAGCUAGUGUGCCUGCAAACAAACCUUGGACAGUUUUCUCCAAAAACACACCUUCACCGGACACUAAACACCCAGGAUGUGAGCGAAGAAGCUGCCACAUGUGCACCUUCAAGAAGAGAAGAUGGUACUGCUUGUGGUUUGUUCACUCCUGUGCCUGUCCUGUUGGGUCUCUUUCUACUUUAUCUUGUGUAAUGUUAACGGGUCCAGGAGCUACGAGUGGAACUGUCGCCUUGUCACCCUGGUACAUGGCAUCUUGGCAGUCUGCAUCACAGCAUAUAUAGGCUAUGUGGAUGGACCCUGGCCUUUCGCUUAUCCAGGUACUAAGAACACCCCUCUGCAGAUAAGUGCCAUGGUGGUCAGCCUGGGCUACUUUAUUUUUGAUAUGGCCUGGUGUGUGUACUUCCGCACAGAGGGACCAGUUAUGCUGGCCCACCACACCAUGAGCAUCCUGGGAAUCCUGUUGACCCUGUGGUUGGGGGAGUCUGGCAUCGAGGGCUGCGCGGUACUCUUUGGCAGUGAAAUCACCAACCCACUCCUGCAGGCACGCUGGUUCCUCAAACAGACGGGACAUUACAGGUCGCUGCUGGGGGAUGUUGUGGACGUCCUGUUUGUGCUGCUGUUUGUGGUGAUGCGAAUCUUCGUGGGAGGCACAAUGCUGUACUGUGAGCUGAUCUCCCCAAGACCCAGAUUCUUUAUCAAGUGUGGGGGUGUGGCCAUGUAUGCUCUAUCCUGGGUGUUCAUGGUGGAUAUUGUUCGAUUUGCCAAACGAAAAAGCAAGAGCUGGCACAAACAGCAGAGAGACCAACUAGAGACAGUUGCAGCUAAUGGUCAUGAAGGGAAGAAGGACUGAUCUGCUUCUGGUUCUUUAAAUGAAAUCAGUUUACAUUAUGUUUUUGGACACACAAGGGAAAGGAAAAAGAAAAUCAACUUUUUGUAUGUUAAACUAAGAUUAACAAAGGGAUAUUUUAAAGUCAUAACUUUCUAUGGUGAGAAAUUUCCUGUGACAUCUGUCUGUAAGGUCCAACACCUGUGCGUUUUGCAAAAAAAAACUCAUUUUUAAUGCAUUCAUUGCUGCUGAACACAUGUUAGUUUAUUAUGUAAAAGGUACUGGUGCAGAAACAUCACAGACAUAGUUCAUGUUAUUGAAAACUAAAGCACUUUCUAUAAACACAUGAACAGAUGUUGCAUUCAGUUGGAGUGAACUGUUGCUUAGUCAUAUCUGGUAGUGGGAAGUUCGUUAUUAGGAAAGAAAUAGUUUACAUGUAAUGGCCAUAAUCCUUGUCAAACACUUAUUGAAAUUUUAGGACUAGUUUCCUUGGAAUCGUGUUUUGUUUUUUUUGUUUUUGUUUUUUUGCUUUUUUUGGCAUUUUUAUAAGUUUGAGCAGAUGUGAAAGGUGUACUCAGGGAGAUGAAGUCAUACUGGAAAGUUGGGGUAAAUUCCAGAGAAAUGUGUGUGAUGUGUUUGAUUACUUUGUUUUAUAUAGUUCAUAGUAAUUCCUUUAAGUAUUUGCCUGAAAUCCUAUUCCAGAUCACAGCCAAAAAUUUUCAUUUAUUUUACUUCCCUCAUGUACAAGGAUACAUGAAGAGACACCUCUCAAUUACAUAGUUCUACACUGGUAAUGCUCUUUACUUAGCAUUCCAUUUGGAUAUAUAUGUAAACUAUAAAUAUAUUCAAAUGUUUGGUAAAAUGGUAUCAGAAUUUGUACUUUAUAAAGUUGAAGUGUCUGAUUUCACCAUCUGUGUGAACAUGCAUUACUGUAAUCUUUUAGACAAACGUCGGACAUAAGAUUUGCUCUGUGUACUGAUAGUCCCCAUUGAUUUAAUUCAAUACAGUAAUGUUUCAGUCUCACAGAGCUGAGACUUGACAAUUCAGUUAAGUUUAUUAUGAGCUAUCUGCACAGUAUGUUCAUCUUUGUCUGACUUCUGCUUCAGUUAUGUUAUUUUGAGCCAGCACCUGUAAACUUUUUGGAGAUAUACAUGGUUCUCAUACCUGUGCAGUCUUGUACACAGGAGCAUCAUUUUGUUUCUAGCAACCUAAAAUAAUAGAUUUCUACAUUUAGUCCUUACACAUUAUAUUAUUGCACAUGCCCUAGUAGGGCUGGGUAAUAGUUAUCAUUUAACGACUUUCAGUAAAGUCACAUUGAGAUUAUAUAAUCAUAUCAGGUUGUCGUUUUUCGGAAUUCUUUUGUCCAAUUUAAUAAUUAUAAACAUACUAGCAUACAGGAAUAGUUCAGUAUGUUUCAUGUUUUAAUUUACAUGUGUGAAGAAUGUCAGAGUGAACUGUUCUAGUAUUUUAUGUGUGAUUUUGCAUACAUUUGCCAUAUUGUGAUAUUAAUUAUUGGGAAAAUAUUAACCUUAAUGUUGUGACAUUGAUUUCCACCAUAUUGAUCAGACACAACACAAAAGUGCGUCAUGGGACAAAGACAGGUGACUUGUUAUGAGAGAAUAUUAUGACAUAGCCUACUCCAAGACAUGUUCCAUGCCAAGAAAGUUACCGAGCUACCAGCUGCUAUCUUUGUGCUCAGACUUCAAAUCUGUUUUCUUAUUACUGUGACCAUAUCUUGUUUAUUUUAGUGCACAUGGAUUUCUGCAGUAAUGUGCUAAAUCACCGGUCAUCCCUUUGUUUUCCCAUUUACGUUGGAUUGAAAUUUGAUGUGUUGCUCUUAUACAAGGCCUGUUUACCUGGCUGCUACUGAAAUCAUGUGAGCGUUACCAUUACAUCCAAGAAAGUAAAAAUCUUACUGGUGUGUGCCUUAGUUAUCUGAAUGUACUUUCCUAAUUUUUUUGUUGUUUCAGUUUUGGGUUUCCUGACUUGCCUUUGUAAUAAUUGUAAUCCCUGUGUAAAAUGAAAUAAAUCU